UGGAGGUCUCCUCUGCCAGUGCGAUUGGCGUGACGGAAAGUGUUUAAAACCUUGGAACACCCUCCUUAAUCCAGUCCAGACUCCUUUAUUCCUAUACUCCCAUUCUUCUGUAAAUCAAGUGCACCAAAUUUUGUUCCGAGCAGAUUUCAUCAAGAUCGAUCUUUCCAGGGUGAACUUGCGAUCAUGGCUCCCCAAGAAGCGUACAAACCUCCACCACCAAGCAGCGAAUCGAUGAAGGCUGUUCGAUUCCACGGGAAGAAUGACUUGCGGUAUGAGGAUAUUCCUGUGCCAAAAAUUCGGAAAGGCCAAGUGAAGCUUAGACCUGCGUGGGUGGGAAUUUGUGGCAGUGAUUUACACGAAUAUCUUGGUGGACCAAAUCUUUGUCCCACGACUCCACAUCCCAUUACUGGAGAGACUGUGCCCUUGACUUUCGGACAUGAGUUUAGUGGAGUAAUUGAGGAAGUCGGGGAGGGGGUGACCGAUUAUGAACCCGGAGAUCGAGUUUGCGUGCAGCCCAUCAUAUACGAUGGAACUUGUGGCCCAUGUCUUGAAGGACUACACAACUGCUGCUGGAGCAAUGGGUUUGUUGGCCUCAGCGGCUGGGGUGGUGGGUUGUCGGAACAUGUUGUAGUCCCCACCUCGACACUUUAUCGCCUACCAGACAAUGUUCCUCUGGAGAUUGGAGCUCUGAUCGAACCCCUCGCAGUUGGGUGGCAUGCCGUUAAAGCUAGUCCCUUCAAGAGAGGAGAUGCCGUGUUGAUCCUAGGCGGCGGUCCGAUUGGUAUUUCAGUGAUCCUUGCCCUAAAAGCCAAAGGUGCGGAGAAAAUCAUUGUAUCCGAAGUCAGCCGCCGACGACGGGAUUUCGCGAAGAAAUUCGGUGCCCAUUACGUGCUCGAUCCUACCAAGGAGGAUGUCGUGAAGCGAUGUCGCGAACUGUGUGAGAAGCAAGGCGUCCAUGUAGUAUAUGACUGCGCGGGCGUCCAGGCUGGAUUAGACACGGCAGUGCAUGCGGUUCGCGCCAGAGGAACUAUUGUUAAUAUUGCCAUCUGGGAGAAGGCGUGCAGUAUCAUUCCCAACGAUCUGACGUUCAAGGAAAGAAAAUACAUGGGUGUAGCAACAUAUCAAAUUGGAGACUUCCAAGAAGUUCUUGACGCCAUCUCAUCUGGGUCGAUGAAACCUCAAGAAAUGAUCACCCAAAAGAUCCAACUAACAGAGGUGGAAGAAAAGGGGUUCAAGGCAUUAAUUCAUGAUAAGGAUAACCAAGUUAAAAUUCUGGUAGAAGUUGGGGGAGGGAGUUAGAAGAUGUGCAAUACCUUUAGUACUGUGUUGUCUGCUAGCGUUGCAGCAGUACUCUUCUGGAGUCCACUGGCGCUUUAGGGCCGAGAAUUAUGCUAUUCAACUAGCUUCGGUCACGUGCAUUACUGGUGAAAGAUUCCCACUGUUUUUGUGUCGGCUGCAGCCUCCUACUGAAAGUUUGGGCCAGGGAAUGCUUGCUUUGAAGGGGAUCGGAAUUCAGACUGGAUAGUUCGACAGCACUAUAAAAGUG